AUGUGUCUGCAUAAGCUCAUCAAUCCUUUCUUUCUUCUUUCCUUUUUCUCUUCCAACUUUCCUUCCUUUCUUCUUUUCUCUUUCUCUUCUCACCUCACUUCCUUUAUUUUUUCCUUUUUCUCUUCCAACAUCUCUCCCUUUCUUUAUUCUUUUCUUUUUCUCUUCCAACCUCCCUCCCUUCCUUUCUUCUUUCCUAUUUCUCUUCCAACUUCCCUUCCUUUUUUCUUUUUCUCUUCCAACCUCCCUUCCUUUCUUCUUUACUUUUCCCCUUCAUUUUCUUUCCUCUUUCCCUUUCAAUAUUCCUACCUUUCUUUUUUGUACAUCCCUUCCAACCUUACUGCCAUUGUUCUUUCUUUACCACAUCCUUCCUUCCUUCCUUCCUUCCUUCCUUCCUUCCUUCCUUCCUUCCUAAUUAUAUGUUUACCGCCGUUGGCUAGCAGAAAUGCGAAAAGGGGAGCCGAGUGCGUACGUCUUCCCCUGCCAGUAUAUAGCCUGUCAAUCAGCAAGCCCUAUGUAGUGCCUCCUCGUGGCGACACAUGGCAAUCGAGCACCUUGCGGACUCGGGCUAAACUACAGGGGACGGAGGAGGCGUUUGGCCCCCUUAACAUGUGCCUACCAUCCUUUCUCCUUUAUUUCUUCAAUUUCAACGUUCCUUUCUUUCUUCCUUUCUUGUUUCAUUUCUUUCUUUCUUUUUCAUCUUUUUCUUCCUUUCUUUUUCCACAUCUCCUUUCAACCUUCCCCUCUUUCUUCUUUCUCUUCCUUCCUUCCUUCCUUCCUUCCUUCCUUCCUUUCUUCUUUCCUUCCUUCCUUCCUUCGCUUUUCUCUUUCAGCCUACCUUCCUUUCUGCUUUACUUCUUCAAUUUGAACGUUCCUUUCUUUCUUCCUUCUCUCCUUCUCCUUUCUUUUUCCUCUUUUUCUUCCUUUCUUUUUCCACAUCUCCUUUCAACCUUCCCCUCUUUCUUUUUUCUCUUCCUUCCUUUCUUGUUUCCUUUCUUGUUUCCUUUCUUGUUUCCUUUCUUUCUUUCUUUUUCCUCUUUUUCUUCCUUUCUUUUUCCACAUCUCCUUUCAACCUUCCCCUCUUUUUUUUUCUCUUCCUUCCUUCCUUCCUUCCUUCCUUCCUUCCUUCCUUUUCACUUCCAACAUUUUCCUUCCUUCCUUCCUUCCUUCCUUCCUUUCUUCUUUCAUUCCUUCCUUCCUUCGCUUUUCUCUUUCAGCCUACCUUCCUUUCUGCUUUACUUCUUCAAUUUCAACGUCCCUUUCUUUCUUCCUUCUCUCCUUCCCCUUUCUUUUUUCCCCUUUUUCUUCCUUUCUUUUUCCACAUCUCCUUUCAACCUUCCCCUCUUUCUUCUUUCUCUUCCUUCCUUCCUUCCUUCCUUACUGCACUGCCUUUCUAUUUUUAUUCAAAUGCUAAAUAUAAACAGUGUAGAAAACACAUUUUCUUUCUUUCUUUCUUUCUUUCUUUCUUUCUUUCUUUCUUUCUUUCUUUCUUCUCUAUUUUCAUAUCUCUCCUAUUCUAUCACACACUAUUUAUAUCUAUCUAUCUAUCUAUCUAUCUAUCUAUCUAUGUAG